AGAUGGUUGCAUACAUUUUCAUCAUAUCAACCCUUGUAUCUUUCUUCUUUUUUGUUUUUCUUUUAAAAAAUGGUUCUAGCUGGCAAACUUAGUACUGAACUUGGUAUCAAAGCACCCGCUGACAAGUUCUUCAAAGUAUAUACAUCAGAACUUCACGAAUUGCAAAAUCAUUGUGAAAAUAUUCAUGCCGCCAAGCUGCAUGAAGGUGAUGACUGGCAUCACAGUGAUACGGUUAAACACUGGACAUAUGUCAUAGAUGGUGAGGUACACACAUGUCACGAGAGUAUUGAAGAAGUUGAUGAAGAAAACAAAAAGGUAAUUUGGAAGAUCUUUGGUGGAGAUAUUGAUAAGCAUUAUAAGAACUUUAAGCUCAUCCUUGAAGUAAGUGAUAAGGCUGAUGGUAUUGAUGGUACUGCUGUUGUUAAAUGGACGAUUGAAUAUGAGAAAAUAAGUGAAGAUAUUAAUCCCCCAAAUGCUCAGAUAGACUUCUUACGCAAAAACACUCGAGAUGUUGAUGCUAAUCUUGUUAAGGAAAAUGUAGAUUUAUAAGACCUAAAAAAAAAGCAUGUCAAUGCAUGUGGUUUACUUAAGUGUUCAUCUUUUUCAUAAAUUAAUAAAUUAAUGUAAUGUUUGUAAUAUUGUCAUAUUUGUUGCAUGUGCAUAAUGACUUCUCUUGUGCUUCAUGUUGUAUUGCAGAUGUUACUUGUUAGCACUACUUAAAUAUGAUUGCAGAUGUUUGUGAUGCAAAGAAUUAAUGAAUAUUUUUCUUUUUAGUUUA